UUAGCCCGUUCCUUCUCUCACGACGGUUCCAUUCUACCACAUACAAUGGCCACCAUGCAGCUUGCUCCCCGCGGCGUUGCCCCCCUGAGGCCCCGUGUGUCUUCGCGGCGCACCGUUAAGCCCCUGGCCAGCGGCGGCGGCAAGGUGGACAUCACCAAGGUCGGCCUGAACUCCAUUGAGGAUGAGGUCGUCAAGAUGAACCUGAUGGGCAAGUCCCGGUUCAUGAACAACAAGGAGUGGAAGGACGCUUCUGGCCGCAAGGGCAAGGGCAUGGGUGUGUACCGCUACGCUGACAAGUACGGCGCCAACGUGGACGGCUACUCGCCCAUCUACACCCCCGACCUGUGGACCGACUCCGGCGACUCCUACAAGCUGGGCACCAAGGGCCUCAUCGCCUGGGCUGGCCUGGUGCUGGUGCUGCUGGCGGUGGGCGUCAACCUGAUCAUCUCCACCUCCCAGCUGGGCGCGUAAACACCCCCGCAUGCGUGCAUGCUUGCAUGCAUCCACCCGUGCAGGCUUCCGCUUGCAUGGCGUGGUGUGUGUUGACGAGAACUGCUUCUAGGGUUUAGUCGACAACGGGAGAGUGGGUGCGUCAUCUGCAGAAGAGUUGCGCGUUUGUAAGACAAGAGAAGAGAAGAAAAGCUUUUCAGUUUUGAUGUGUGCGUAGAGUUAAUCUCCUUGCUUCCUUCCGGUCUUCCGGAGGGGGGCGACGGGGAGGGUGCCGCGCAGGGUCAUGCACGACGCGGUGUCUUGUGUGGAUCCUGACGUGCAUUGGGAAAGAGGUGGUACAUAUGCUUCAGGAGGAGGAGAGUGGUGUAACAUAAUCUCGCAACGGCCUAGUGUUUCUUUACGUG